AUGAAAAUAUAUUCAAAUUUAUUUUUUUUUUUUCAGGAUGUAUUAAAAGGUAUAUAUCUGGAUUUAGAAGCACCAACUUUAAACAAUUUCAUUUUACAGUCUAUACCUUUUCAACGUGUUGUUAUAGACUACAGUUCACCAAAUAUUGCUAAAUCGUUUCAUGCUGGACAUUUGCGAUCAACAAUUAUUGGAAAUUUUAUAGCAAAUCUUCAUGAAUUUCUUGGACAUAAAGUUACAAGAAUAAACUAUCUUGGUGAUUGGGGAACUCAAUAUGGUUUAGUUAGUGCAGGAUUUGAAGAAUUUGGUUCUGAAGAAGAAUUACAAAAAGACCCAAUAAAUCAUUUACUACAAGUAUAUAUAGCAGCAAGUAAACGAGCAAAUGAAGAUCCAAUAUUUCAGGAUAAAGCUCGGAAACAUUUUUCUUUAAUGGAAAAUGGAAAUGAAAAAUUAUUAGAUCGAUGGAAAUUGUUUAAAGAUUUAAGUAUUAAAGAAUAUAAAACUGUUUAUGAGAAAUUAGGAAUUCAUUUUGAUGAAUAUCAUAGUGAAUCAAUGUACAGUACCAGAGCAAAGCAAAUUGUUAAAUAUUUGAAAAACAAAUUUAAAUUAGAAGAAUCUAGUGAAGGAUUAGUUCAACUUAAAGUUCCUGUUAAUGCUGAUCGUGAGCUAACAGUUACAUUAGAGAAGACUGAUGGUUCGACAUUGUAUAUUAGUAGAGACAUAGCUGCAGUGCUAGAUCGUAAAGAGAAGUAUAAUUUUGAUAAAAAUUUUCUGGAAGAAAAGAUUGAUAUAUGUGUAUAUAGUGAAGGAUUAGUUCAACUUAAAGUUCCUGUUAAUGCUGAUCGUGAGCUAACAGUUACAUUAGAGAAGACUGAUGGUUCGACAUUGUAUAUUAGUAGAGACAUAGCUGCAGUGCUAGAUCGUAAAGAGAAGUAUAAUUUUGAUAAACCAUAUUAUGUUGUUGAUAAUAACCAAAGUGAUCAUUUUCUUUCCCUUGUUGCCAUUUUGAAAAUAUUGGGAUAUGAUUGGUAUAGUUCAGUUCAUCAUAUAAAAUUUGGCCAAAUUGAAGGAAUGAGCACAAGAAAAGGAAAGUUAGUGCAUCUGAAAGAUUUAUUAGAAGAAGCUAAAAGUAAAGCUUUUAUUUCAAUGUUAAAUUCAUCAAUUUCUUUUCAGAAAUUAGGAAUUCAUUUUGAUGAAUAUCAUAGUGAAUCAAUGUACAGUACCAGAGCAAAGCAAAUUGUUAAAUAUUUGAAAAACAAAUUUAAAUUAGAAGAAUCUAGUGAAGGAUUAGUUCAACUUAAAGUUCCUGUUAAUGCUGAUCGUGAGCUAACAGUUACAUUAGAGAAGACUGAUGGUUCGACAUUGUAUAUUAGUAGAGACAUAGCUGCAGUGCUAGAUCGUAAAGAGAAGUAUAAUUUUGAUAAACCAUAUUAUGUUGUUGAUAAUAACCAAAGUGAUCAUUUUCUUUCCCUUGUUGCCAUUUUGAAAAUAUUGGGAUAUGAUUGGUAUAGUUCAGUUCAUCAUAUAAAAUUUGGCCAAAUUGAAGGAAUGAGCACAAGAAAAGGAAAGUUAGUGCAUCUGAAAGAUUUAUUAGAAGAAGCUAAAAGUAAAGCUUUUAUUUCAAUGUUAAAUUCAUCAACGACACGGGCAACAAAUAAUAUGGAUGAAAUUGCGGAUGUUAUAGGAAUGUCAGCUGUUAUGAUAAAUGAUAUGAAAAAUAGACGACAAAGUAAUUAUAAAUUUGAUUGGGAUAAAGUACUUUAUAUGAAAGGAGAUAGUGCAACAACAUUACAUUACAAUCAUGCAAGAUUAUUCAGAUUAAUUAGCAAUAAAGUAUUUUAG